AUGGUAACUUCAACACCCUAUUAUACUCAAGGGAAUGGUCAGGCCGAGGCUUCAAAUAAAGUUGUUAUUGAAAUAAUUGAAAAGAUGAUAAAAGAUAAGCCAAGGCGUUGGCAUGAAACCCUUUCAAAAGCUUUGUGGGCUUAUAGAAAUUCAAAACGAACAAGUAUAAGAACAACUCCUUAUCGGCUAACAUUUGGCCACGAUGCUGUGUUGCCGAUGGAGUUAAAUGUGAAAUUGGCAAGAGUAGCUUUACAACAUAAUCUUAGACCUGCCGAUUAUAAUGAAGCUAUGCUUUCUGAGUUAGAAGAUUUAGAUGAAGUUCAGAAAUUUGCUUUAGACUUCCUUAUGGUCCAUAAAACAAAAGUAAUGAAGGCUUACAACAAAAAGGUAAAGUUCAAGUCAUUUGUAGAGGGUGAUAUGGUGUGGCAAACAAUUCUUCCACCUUGGAAGGUGGAUAGAGUUUAUGGCAAGUGGUCACCUACAUGGAAAUGA